GGAUCUGUUGGAUCAUCGUGUACGUCUGGCAGUGGAUCUGGGCUGCCCUUCCUGGUACAGAGAACAGUGGCUCGCCAGAUCACCCUAGCAGAGUGUGUUGGUAAGGGCCGUUACGGUGAAGUCUGGCGUGGCCUCUGGCAAGGCGAAAGUGUGGCAGUAAAGAUUUUUUCGUCACGAGAUGAAAAAUCCUGGUUCAGAGAGACUGAAUUAUACAACACAGUGCUGCUGAGACAUGAAAAUAUUCUAGGUUUUAUCGCCUCUGACAUGACUUCCAGAAACUCCAGCACUCAGCUGUGGCUGAUUACUCACUAUCACGAAAUGGGAUCUCUCUAUGAUUACUUGCAAGUAACGACUUUGGACACUGUAACGUGCCUUCGCAUCGUCUUGUCUAUUGCCAGCGGACUGGCACAUCUACACGUAGAGAUAUUCGGCACCCAGGGAAAGCCGGCCAUUGCUCACCGAGAUUUGAAGAGCAAGAACAUCCUUGUGAGGAAGAACGGCCAGUGCUGUAUAGCAGAUCUAGGAUUGGCCGUGAUGCACUCACAGUCCACCAAUCAGCUCGAUGUUGGAAAUAACCCCCGGUGGGGACAAAACGAUACAUGGCUCCAGAAGUUUUAGAUGAGACAAUCCAGGUAGACUGUUUUGACUCUUACAAGAGAGUGGACAUUUGGGCUUUUGGACUGGUCCUCUGGGAAGUUGCCAGACGAAUGGUUAGCAACGGUAUUGUUGAAGACUACAAACCUCCGUUUUAUGAUGUUGUCCCAAACGAUCCCAGCUUUGAAGAUAUGAGGAAAGUUGUUUGUGUGGAUCAACAAAGACCAAACAUUCCCAACAGGUGGUUCUCAGACCCAACGCUAACAUCACUUGCUAAGCUGAUGAAGGAAUGCUGGUAUCAAAACCCCUCCGCGAGACUCACAGCCUUGCGCAUCAAAAAGACUUUAACCAAAAUUGACAAUUCCUUAGAUAAACUGAAAUCAGACUGCUGA